AUGCUCCUCGCUCCCAUGAAGGGUGUCGCGCUCGUCACCGGUGCCGCGUCCGGCAUCGGACAGGCCACCGCACGCGCAUUCAUCCGCGCCGGCGUGAAGCGCCUUACCUGCGCCGACCUGCAGGCUGACAAGCUCGACGCCCUCAAGGCCGAGUACGCGAACGACGACGUCGACAUUCUCGCCGUUUCGUGCAACGUGGCCGACUCGGGGGCCGUCAAGGCCAUGGUCGAAGCUACCGUCGAGCGGUUCGGGCGCCUCGACUACGCGGUCAACUGCGCUGGCAUCACCGGUACGCCGGGGCGUAUGGCCGAGUCGUCGGACCAGGACUGGGACAAGGUCAUUGCCGUCAACCAGAGCGGGGUGUUCUACUGCCUCCGCGAGCAGCUGGCUGUCAUGAAGGAGCAAGAGCCUCUCGAGGGUGCGUCGGAUGAGCGCCGCGCUCAGCGCGGUGCGAUUGUUGGCAUCGCGUCGAUUGCGGGGCUGGUGGGUGUCGGCGGUCUUCCGGGUUACGUGGCUAGCAAGCAUGCGGUGGUUGGCAUGGCGAAGGCCGCGGCGUCCGAGUACAGCGCGGCUGGUAUUCGCAUCAACAACAUUGCGCCCGGAUACAUUGACACGCCGAUGACGCAGACGGCCCAGGUCGAGAGCGACCUCGCACACAUGCCUCCCGUGCCCAUGCAGCGUGCCGGGCGGCCCGAGGAGAUCGCCGACGUCGCCGUCUUCCUGUGCAGCGAGGGUGCGUCGUUUGUCACUGGCGCAACGUGGGCUGUCGACGGCGGGUACACCUGCCUCUGA